AUGCAGCAUCUGGCCUCAGCAGCCCCCCUCUGGAGACAUUGCCCAAGCAACUACUAUAAUUUGGUAUGCAGCAUCUGGCCUCGGCAGCCCCCCUCUGGAGAAAUUCCCCAAGCAACUACUAUAAUUUGGUAUGCAGCAUCUGGCCUCGGCAGCCCCCCUCUGUCCCCAAGCAACUACUAUAAUUUGGUAUGCAGCAUCUGGCCUCGGCAGCCCCCCUCUGGAGAAAUUCCCCAAGCAACUACUAUAAUUUGGUAUGCAGCAUCUGGCCUCGGCAGCCCCCCUCUGGAGACAUUCCCCCCC